AUGACAGUUACCGCCCUGGCGGAUAUCAUCAGGACGCAAGCUGAGAUCCUCGAGACCAGCCUGCCGCGCCACGCUUACACGGACUAUCAUGGCGAUAAAAGCCUCAGCAUCGCGAGGUCGAAACUUCUCGAGGCCUGCGAUAAGCUGAACCAUCUGUACGUUCUCAACAAAAGUCCUACGGCUUCUCAAAAUGUAAUGGGCAUCGCGCAGGGCCACCGCGUCCACGCCGCGCUGCAGUACGUCUGCCACUUCCGGCUAGCCUCCUUCGUGCCGGCGGACGGCACGCCCAUCACGUACGCGGACCUGGCGCGGGCCGCGGGCGUCGACACCUCGCAGUGCACGCGGGUGCUGCAGCUGCUCAUGACGUACCACAUCUUCCGCGAGCCGGGCACCCGCAUCGUCGCGCACAACCGCAACUCCCGCGUCCUGCUCGACGACGACACCGGCGCCGCCGUCGAGUGGCUCACCCAGGAGUCCCUACGCUCGAGCGCCUUCUUCACCGAGACCCGGGCCGUGAGCCGCCGGUGGUCGACCGGCACCGCCGGUAGUAACGACAUGGCCGCCGCCGCUGCCGCCCCGGCUACGAUCCAGGGCGUGAUGAGCAGCGCUCAGCAGCGCACCGCGCUGGACCUCGCGUGCGCGGGCAUCGAGCAGCCGGCGGUCGGGUUCCUCGCGCAGCAGCGCAUGAACGCGGAGACGUCGAUGAAGGCGGAGCGGUACGCGCGGGCGAUGGCAGGGAUGGCCAAGCGGCGACAGCUCAGCGUGGAGCACCUGGUGUCAGGGUACGAAUGGGGCGAGCUUCCGGCGGGGACGACGGUGGUCGACGUGGGUGGGGGCAACGGGCACUGUUCCCGAGCGAUCGCGGCGUGCAACCCCUCGCUGAGCUUCGUGGUGCAGGACUCGAACACGGCUCUGCUAAACUCAGAGGUGGACGCCGACGACAACGCCGACGAUGACGACGACGACGACGACGAGUCAGGGGAUCGCCUGAAGUUCAUGGCAUACGACUUCUUCAAGCCGCAGACCGUGGCCGGGGACGUGUAUCUCCUGCGGCGCAUAUUGCACCACUACUCGGACCAGGACGCGGUGCGCAUCUUGCAGGCGCAGCUGUGCGGCGCGAGGAGCAAGCCGGAGGCGCGGAUCGUGGUUAUGGAUAACAUCGCGAUACACAGCGGGACGCUGAGCACGCUUGAGGAACGCAAAACCAGGUAUGAUCCCGUCUGGACCUUGGGUAUUUUAACCCAUUCAUUCUACGACGUCCCCCUACUAAUAUUCAUUCGCCCCUUCCUUAGGACCCUUGACAUCGCGAUGAUGGCUCUGUUCAAUAGCGUGGAGCGUAGUCUCGACGGCUGGAAAGAACUAUUCAAGAUGGCUGAUCCCAAGCUGAAGCUCGUCAAAGUCACGAAGCCGCUUGGGAGCGCCCUGGCUGUGAUGGAGCUCCGACUGGAUCAGACUUGA